AUGUCGGAAGCUGAAAAGUUUCGGGUUAUUAUUGCAGGCGCUGGAAUCGCUGGCCUUGCGACCGCCAUAUCCCUCAAGCGAAUUUCCUCCAUCCCCAACCUUGACGUUCAACUAUACGAACAAGCUCCCGAGCUUCUGGAAAUUGGCGCGAGCAUUGCGCUGAGUCCAAAUGUCAGGCUCCUAGAAGGCAUGCGCACACUGGAAAAGCUUGGCGUGACAAAUGCACUCUCAGAUGAAGUCGGCUUCAGAGGGCCAAGCGGAAUCCCCCAGAUAUUUCGUCACUGGAAGACGGACCAGGUCAUCUCCGUCGAUACGCACACAAAUGUACCCAAUCCGCAGCACCAUACUACGCGUUUUCACCGAGGCCAUUUACACGCUGCUCUCUUGGAGCAUGUCUCUCGCGAUUCUAUUCAUUUGGGCAAAAAGAUUAUUCAUGCCGAAGUCGGUCAGGAUGGGGUGUUGUUACAAUUUGAAGAUGGAAGCCUUGCAUCUGGCGACAUUUUGAUUGGUGCAGAUGGACUCAAAUCGAAAGUCAGACAAUCAUUCAUUCCUGAUUACAAAUUACGGUUCAGUGGGAAGAUUUUCAUGAGAUCAACAUUCGACGCAUCAUUAGUGGAAAAAAUCCCCAACUUGCCCGCUGACUCGUUGCACUGGUGGGGGCCGCAAGACAACUUUUUCGCAUCACGAUUGGGCAAGGGUCAAUACACCACCGUUGGCGCUUAUAGUGACCCUCGUUCUUCCGAAGAACUCGAAAGAAGUGUUGACUGGGACCAAAAAGGAGACGUGGGAUUCUUAAGAGAGAGAUACAAGGUGAGUGAUCAGCAAAACUGGAACCCACUUAUUCAAGCCCUGACAGAAGCUACUCCGUAUACAAACCUGUAUCCCAACUUUGCCGGAGAUUCACUAAAGAGUUGGAUAUUCGGUUCCCGAGUCACUCUCGUCGGAGAUGCCGCUCACGCCCAUGGUGGUGCUUUUGCCGCAGGAGGAUCUCUAGCUCUAGACGAUGCUUUUGCACUUGGGCUUGCUUUCAAGCAUGUGAUUGAAGCCUCCAGUCAAAAACUGCCGUUUUCGUUCCACGAUGCUGAAAAGGCGUUUGAGCUAUACGCCAAUACACGAAAGCCACAUACUGAUAGGUUGUUACGUAUUGUACACAAUCAAAUCGGUACAAACCCAUCCAAGUCUGGAACGCUAAGGGAAGAAGAUGCGAAGCUGGUUUCUCGGAUGAAAAACAGACCUGAUACAGAGUGGCUUUCUGAGCAUGAUGUCGAGGCCGCAUUGGCAGCUACUCUUGCGCAGACUGAUUCGCAAGACCAGUCAGAGCCCCUUGAGCAUUCUAAUAAGUCUCAAGAAACUCUUGAAUCCGCUCUACACUUCCAGGGUAGCAAGCUUUGA